UACUUUCCAAGGUAGACUUGGACGUCAUCUGUGAAAGGAACGGGCAACCGCAAAGGGUUGUGAUCAGCUGUUCCGCACUUCGAAUGCCCGUGGAAACGUCAUAUGGGCGAUUCUGAAAGUAAACAGUAUCUUUUUGGAUUGAAAAAAAUUUGUGCCUGAAAAAUGCAUCACGUGGAGAUCGAGGAUUUUUAUCAUCACGACUUCACCACCGUUUCCGAAUGGGAAGUGUUCAUCGCGCGGCUCGAGGAAAUCAUGCACGAAUGGAAAUUACCUCACGCAAAAGUCGCGAGUCCUUUGAUGUCAGGAGACUUCGUCAACUGUCAGUGGCACGAGACAUCAGAGAAAAUAAAUUUCGCAGACGUAGAAUUUUCCCUGAAAUAUUACAAGUUGAAAAAAGACGACGCAGAAGACGAUGCGGCAAAUCCCGAUGAGGAACGUGAAGAAGAGUGGAUACAAUGUCAAAAAGACGCCUUGGACAUAUCCAACGACUUUGUGAGACUCGAUGAUAACUACAUGGAAAUUGUUCGUUAUUUUGGCUUUAGAGAAUUCCUUGUCUUGAUACCAGCUCGCAAAGCGAGUUUAACAGACGAGACACGUAUCAAGAUUCUGUUGAGCUCGCUGACAAUUGCUACCAAUAAUGCAAAUUGCUACAUUCCCGCAUUGGUGCAGGUGCAGGAACCUUGGCAGAAAAUGUAUCUCGGUGGUUGUGCUGGCAAAGGAACCUCUGUGAAUCUCGACAUGGUCCAUCUGAAGAAAGUUCCACCAUAUUGCAGAUAUCUUACUGGUCUACUUGCUCUUUUCAAACAGAAGAUUGGAGAGGGCUGUGGAGUGAGAAUCGACUCCACAAAGGUAUCCGUUAGAUUCUCUUAUUUGUUGAAGGAUUGGACUAACAGCACGUGGACGCAGGAGCCUCCGGAUUUCGAUUUUAUGCAGGGCGAAACAUUAGGCGUGGCCGAACUGGGCAAACUUCCUUUCGGAGCAACGUUUGAUCCCGUCGGAGAACUCAAACUAUUCGCCACGUGGCCAGAAAUGCCUGAUAACGUUGUGGUGGACAGCGAAGGAUACUCGGAUCUCGACCCGCAACUUGCUCCCGAAUGGUCGGUUCAGGUGAAAAUGGUAACUUUGCCGGCUUGUUUGCUCAGCGAGUACAUUACGGAUUUUCUACACCUCUGUAACAAUACAAAAUCCAUGGUGGAGUUGCUGGGCGAGAACGCGUCCUACAUCGACGACACUUUGAGCUCCGCCUUGAAUGUGCUCACCGAGUCGAAAAUACCCACAAUCUCGGCGGUCAUGAGUAGAGGUAGCGUGAAGAAAAAUAAAAAUGUCGAGGGUCCAAUCUCCGAGGAGAUACUUUUGCCUAUACUUUACUUCCUCUUUCCGGAUGCGGACGACACGACGAAAUUUCCUUACCACGACACAACCCCGAACGUAGAGGACGAUCAGUGGAAAGGUGUGAAGACCUGCACGAUGGACAGUCUGGUGUGGCGUUUGUCGAUUGUCGCGGCGCACUGCACGCACAAUCUCGGUGGCGCGACCGCGUUGGCUCAACUCUGGCACGAGUUCGUUCAAGAGAUCAGAUUUCGUUGGGAAAGAAACAUCCUGAUACCGGGAAUCGGGCCUGGUUUCCCAGAUUCCGUUCGCACGUGCUUGCUGCAUCAAAAGUUACAGAUGAUGAACUGUUGUAUCACGAGGAAAAAAACGCGAGAGGAGAACGCGCACAGAUCUCAAAGUAUGGAAGUCGACGAUGUGGAGGAGACAGAAUCGGAGGAAGAGGAAUUCUUCGAGUGCAGAAGCGAGGAAUUAGACAACGAGGAGAUUUCGUCAACGAGGACGCAAUUGAAGGCAAAGCACCUGCUGUGGAAUAAACCAGCGGGACGAUUAGCCAAACACCCUUCACUCAGGCUGAUUCAAACCGGAGAUCCUCUUUAUCUACCAGUCACGCAGGAUCCCGUACCGAAGACGGAGGAUCAGCUGGAGGAGGACGCGCAGGUGAUGAUGCAGCUUGGCACCGACAAGUAUGCCUCCGAGAUGCGAGCGCGAAUGAUGAGCGCGUCCUUGUUAUCCGAUAUGGAAUCUUUCAAGGCAGCGAAUCCGGGCGCUGUGCUGGAGGACUUUAUUCGAUGGUAUUCCCCGAGAGAUUGGAUCGACGAAGAAGGCGUUGACGAGUGGGGACAAGGAGCAGGCCACUUAUCGGCGCGCAUGAUGAUCCCCGAUAAUCCAUGGUCAACGACGUGGGCGUCCGCUCAGCCGGUUCCUGCGCAUCGACAGAAACGACUGUUCGACGACACGAGAGAAGCUGAGAAAGUUCUGCAUUAUUUGUGUUCGCAACGAGUAGGCCAAAUCGCACAGCUUCUAUUACCGAAUCUGACACACGCCGCGCUUUAUACCCUGAGCCUGCAGAAACAGGAAGCUUUGCCGAACUUGCCCGACGUAGCGCAAAGCAUACUCAACAAGUUGCAAAUCGCAACGAAGCCUAUUCAUCAGAAGUUGCAAUUGUACGAAGACAUCACGCGCGACCUUGAAAGUGUGGAAGCGUUGGUCGCACAGGUGAAUUCGCUACAGCACAAACUUGGCGGAAACAACGAUUCCAAAGAGUUGACGUCUUUCUUAAUUCAGCUGAUGCGUGGGAAAGAAGUGAGCGUGCCCGGCGGUUCCAGAGGGGAUAUCGGAACUCGAAUAAUAACGAUGUUUCACGAUGCUCAAAAGGCUGCUAACAUGAUGACGUCUGUCGGCAACAGCAACGACGCGACAGACGCCGCGGGAGAUGGCCGACAGAAAAUGUUUCCCGAGCCAUCCUGUAAGGAAUUCAUUCUACGUACAAUAAUACCGCGGCCGUCGCCGGCCUCCACGCCUCAGCCACAGCGGUUAUACGCGUGUCUCAAACGAGACGACAUCUGUCUGGCCGGGUUCUUUUCCGAAGACACGACAUUCCUAUAAAAUCCAAUACGGAAUUCGCUAUC